AUGGGACGACAUGCAAAUCCCGAUAUCCGUCGUGCGUUCCAGGAAUACACUGACGAGUCCACGCCGUCAAAAGUUCGUUCCUCCUUCUACCCGUCUUGCGACGACGCUCGACCCAUGAGGUCGCGACGCCAGAGCAAUGUAGCCGCAAAAGCACCUCCAGCGGGCCAUUUCGACGCGGCCCCGCGUCCAUGGCACGCAUGCGUCAUGGCGUUCACUGAACCCGCUGUUACUGCGACGCGGGACCCUGUCUCCCGUCGCGACCGCCGCUGCGCGAAAGUACGAUGCCUGCACUGCGGCUUCACGCGUGCGAAGAACACGACGCGCCAGAUUGAGCACCUUCAGUCCUGUCAAGCCUUUCUCAAUUCACCCGACGCUACAAUGCACAUCCAGCAGACGACGACCGCUACUAUCGACCCGAACAUGACACAGCCGGACGGCACCCCCAAUCGCGGGAUUCUGAACGGCACUCACCCCAAUCCCAAUCUCCAGGUCCACCGCCGUGGGCCAAACACGAACAAACGCGCGCGUGAAGGCCAGCCCAUAGCUCCACACCCGGGCCCGCCGCCGCAGCAAAGCCCAUCCCUCGUAGCACAUCUUCUCAACCGCUUCCAAGGGCCCUUUACCUCGGCGACGCAGCAGCCUUUCCUGUCGCACGCGGGCUGCGGCACCCUCUCGGCGCCCGCCCUCACACAGUGGUUGGUGCAGGAUGCACACUAUGCGCGUGGCUACAUCAGAUUCAUUGGCAAUAUGCUGGCGAAGCUCCGACUGCCUGUGGUGCCGAACAGUCAGUUCCACCAAACCUAUCGUGUAAUGGACCUCUUGAUCAGUGCUCUCAACAACAUUCGCCGCGAAAUGACCUUUUUUGAAAUCACCGCGACCAAGUUCGGCCUCCAGAUGACUGACGAGCCGCCCAAUCGCAUCACUCGCGCAUACCUUGACUUGUUCCUGAGCAGCACCAGCAGCGGAGCAAGCCUGCUCGAAGGUAUGGUGGUGCUAUGGGCUACGGAGCAUUGCUACCGCAGCGCAUGGAGCUAUGCGGCAUCCUUCACACCCACGCUCUCUACCCCCUCGAACGAGCCGCACAUUGUCGCGCUCCACCAGCAGCUAAUCCCCAACUGGACGUCUGCCCCGUUCUCCAAGUUCGUAGAUGCCUGCCGCAGCCUGGUUGAUGAGCUGGCCAACACAACCACCUCGCCGAAUGGCAAAGAAGAGAUGAUGCGCUGUGAGCAACUGUUUGAGCACGUCUGCUGGCUCGAGGAGCGCUUUUGGCCGGACGUGGAUGGUAUGGGUGAGGAGGACGAGACGGCGCGCCUUGCAACUCACGGCGCCCACCACUCAGCCUCCGCAGCGGCGCAUACGCACCCCACCCAUAGCAUGACCGGCGCUGGCAUGGCAGGAAGCACGACUCCUAGCAUGGGCAUGAGUGGUGGGAUGAACGCUGGUAUGGGCGGCGGAAUGGGAGGCAUGGAGACGCCUUCCAGGGACUCUGGUGGUUCGUUCUCUGGAGCUCUGAACGGGAUCGCUGAAGCGGCAAACGGAACCCCUGGAUCCUGA